AUGGAGAAACUGACCACUACCACUACAACCACUGGUAUUACAGAGAUGGACAGGAAGCUGUGCCGUUCCGAUUCCACCAGUUCAACGUCUAUAGAAUCGGAUACCGACAACAGUGACAGCGACAGUGACUGCAGCAUUGCCGACUGUUCCAUUACUCCAGAAAUUGUAACCAAUGAUGCUGACGACUUUCCUUUGCUUCCCACUCGGUGGUAUGCAUUUUUCGUGUUGGGAGCUCUGGCAUACACAGUGUCACCCUAUGCCAAGUACUUGACUGCCUUCUACAUUGUGACAUGGACUCUGAGUCCUGUUGCCGAUUGGAGCAUCAUCUUCCAGCUGGCCAAGCGUAGCUUCAGUGGAAGACAUGACGGUCUCCCCCUCCGCUUCAACCUCAUUGGCAUUGCCAUUCUUGCCUGGUUGAUAUUUGUCAGGUUCCCACUGGAAUGUGUACUUUGGUAUCUCGAUGAGAUUCUCUUCUCUGGCUACAAGGCGACUAAAGUGGAGGAGCCUCUAUUCAUCUUGGGACAACCACGUUCGGGAACCACCAAAUUUCAAGAUGUCUUGUCCGCAGACCACGACUCCUUUUGCUCCAUGUACUUGUAUGAGAUGCGCUUCCCCUAUCUUACCAUUCAGUAUGUCAUUGAUUUCUUCUACAAGAUGGACCAGAUUGCCUUGGGAGGAAGAGCCUACAACCUGGCCAUUCGCAUGGGAAAACUCAAUCUCUUGCCAGAGUCAGGACAACGCAAGCAGAUGAGGCGCCUUCGAUUUGACUUGCCAGAUGAAGAUGAUAACCUCUUCUUGUUCCACGGUCCUUCCCACAUGCUCAUGACAGCGUUCUUCCCGUCCCAUGCCAAGAUGUUCUACCAAUUUGGCAAUCUGCCCGAACCGUCUCGUGUUCGCAUGAUGAAAUUCCAUCAGAGAUGUGUGCAAAAGAUGAUGUACCGCCGUGGCCAUGGGAAGCGCUACCUGUGCAAGUGGGUGGCAGGUUGGAAUGGUCUCUUGGAGCAAUCCAAGCAAGUGUAUCCCGAUGCCAAGUAUGCCGUCAUGGUGAGGGAUCCCAGGGAACAGUUGCCAUCCUGGCUCAAGCUGCAGGGUUUGUUGAGUGAGCAAAUGGCAGGACACAAUGUGAUGAAGAUCCCCAAAGUCAGAAGGGAUAUCAUUGAUGUCAUGGCUCAGUGGCAUCAAACACAGGCCGAGUUUUGUGCUUCCUCGUCGACAGCCAAGCAUAUCAUUCAGUUUGAGGACUUUGUGGCGGACAUUCCCCGAGAAGUCACCAAACUGUAUGACUUUAUAGGACUUCCCAUCCAGCCUGGUUCCCCCUUUCACGAGUCCUUGCUGGAACACCGUCGCAACCAAUCCAAUCACAAGAAGACUGUCAUCCCGAAAGAGGAGGCUUUCAUUUCGGAAGAAGAAAUCUUGUCCCGGUUUCCGCCCCUCCCUCUAACAUUGAUUUCGCCUCCACAGUGA